AUGCAGCCGAUUUUCAGAGUGGUGCCGCAUACUGUUGCCGUGCUUCUCUAUGCGGACGAUAUUUUGCUGGUGGUACGGAGGAGUAAGGAGCGUCCUCUGUAUAGAGAUCUACAGGCUGCAGUGAAAGCUGUCGACAAAUGGGCAAAAAGCGUCGGCUUCACAAUUUCCGCGACAAAAUCAAAAAUUUUCUACGGCAGUCCCAACGCCCGUCGAGAACCCAGCAACGAUAUAUUCAUCGACCGUACAGCUGUACCGAGGACAAAUCAACUGAAAGUUGUUGGCGUCAACCUUGACCGGUCGCUGUCCUUCAAACACCAUUGCAAGGUAGUCAAAAACACGUGUGACUCUAGACUGCGGAUCUUGAAGAUGAUCGGGGCUAAACUUCCGCGAGGGCAACGCGAUUCUCUGUUGGGUAUCGGAUCAGCAAUCGUCACGUCGCGACUUAUCUACGGUAUCGGGCUCGUCAGUAGAGCGAAGGAUUCGGUGGUGCAGACUCUUGCACCCAUCUACAACCGGAUGGUCCGGUUCGCCUCAGGGGCGUACGUCACCAGUCCGAUUCCAGCGAUUAUGGCUGAAGCAGGCACUUUGCCAUUCGAUUUAAUGAUUAUGCAAGCCAUAAUUCGUGCUGCAAUUCGUUUGAUGGAGAAGGAUUCCAGGAAUAUCGAUCUUCCAGUUGUGGAACGAGCGUCCGAUCGCCUGGCGACGAUUGAUGUAGAGCUUCCAAACAUCGCUGUACGAACACGUCUAGCCAACCGAGAGUGGUAUGAACCCAAGCCGCAUAUUGUUUGGGAUGUGAAACGGAAGGUGAAAGCUGGGGACCCCCCGAAUACAGUGCGUCCCAUCGUGCAGGAGUUGCUGGCUAACCGGUUUAGCCGUGCUUUGGCUAUUUAUACGGAUGGGUCUAAAUGCGAGAAUAUAGUUGGAGCAGGUGUAUUUAGUAGCAGCAUUCAGCAAGCAAUAGGUCUUCCGUCACAAUGUAGCGUUUUUUCGGCGGAGGCCUUUGCAAUCAAGUCGGCCGUCAUCGCUGCAAGAGCAUCAACCGAAUGUGUUAUAAUUCUGUCUGAUUCGGCCAGCUGUCUUUCGGCCAUAGAGAGUGGUAGAUCGCAGCAUCCGUGGAUCCAGGAAAUCGAGCGCUUAAUACGUGGACGGCCGAUCCACCUUUGUUGGAUCCCUGGUCAUGCCGGAAUUCGCGGUAACGAAGAAGCAGACCGUCUAGCCAGUGAAGCACGAAACAGUCCACCAAUCAACGUUGCCGUACCAAGAAUUGAUUCCAUCAAGAACAUGAACCAAGUCUUUCGUCAGCUAUGGGAAGCACGUUGGGCACAAUUGACAGAUGUGAAGCUGAAGGAGGUCAAAAGGGAAACGAAGAAGUGGAUCGAUCAGUACAGCUCUGCCGAUCAACGCAUACUCACUCGUCUGCGCAUUGGUCAUACUAGGCGGUGUGUAAGUUUGCUUGUGAUUUUCAUUACCUACCGGAAGGCCGGUUCACUGUAUUCGGAUGUUACGCUUUCGGCGUGUAGUUCUAUCGAUAGUCUCGUCACCGUGUGCGAGUUUGAACACGCUCCGGUUGGUAAAUUAGCUGGGGACAGUGCUGAUAAUGUGUCCGCCGCGAGUAUUGGUGGUGAUUCGGUGGCCGACGUUGCCGUUAAUCAGCGAGUUUACGGUUUGCAAAAGUGCUCGUCUGCUGGUCUCUCGUCAGUGUCGGAGAUUGUGAACAAGCUGAAGGAUGCCUCGCUGGAUGCGCCCAAGACGGGUGGUAGUUUGUGGCCGUGA